AUGGAUCAACUGAUGCCCGGCGAUGGCGGCCGAAACCCGCUGGAGGCCUGGUUUUGGGAGAUGCCCAUAUGCACCAGAUGGUGGACUACGGCGACCGUCCUGGUCAGCGCGCUGGUCCAGUGCCAGGUUGUCACAGCCUUCCAACUCUUCUACAGCGUGCGCACCGUGUUCGGCAAGGGAGAGUAUUGGCGCAUGAUUACGACCUUCCUCUACUUCGGCCCCUUCUCGAUCGACCUCCUGUUCCACGUCUACUUCCUGCAGCGCUAUGCCCGCCUCCUCGAGGAGUCGUCCGGCCGCUCCCCCGCCCACUUUUCGUGGCUGCUCCUCUACGCCAUGGUGUCGCUGCUCUGCCUGUCGCCGCUCGUGUCCAUGCCCUUCCUGGGCCACCCGCUGUCGUCCAUCCUGGUCUACAUCUGGUCGCGGCGCAACCCCGAGACCCGCCUGAGCUUCCUCGGGCUUCUGGUCUUCACGGCGCCCUACCUGCCCUGGGUCCUGAUGGGCUUCAGCCUCGUUAUGCACGGGACCGUCCCCAAGGACGAGAUCAUGGGCGUCGUCAUCGGCCACGUCUGGUAUUUCUUCACCGACGUCUACCCGCCGAUGCACUAUGGAUCGCGGCCCUUUGACCCCCCCAACUGGUGGCGCAGGCUGUUUGAGGGGAGGAGAAGAGAGGAGGAUGCCACGGCGAUUGAGAACGAGUUCGCUGUCGGCGGGGGCCCCGAAUUGGCGGCCGCCGAUGUUCGAUGA